AUGUCUAAAAAUCUUAAAAUAAAAGCAACUAAAACUAAAGUAUUUGAGGCUGCAAUGCAAGGAAUUGGAUCCUCGUCAACAGCUUCUUUAGGGACUUCGGUCCAAAAUAAUUUGUGUGAGAGCGAGAAAAACGUUGGGACUUCGGUCCAUUUACAAAGUGAAAAGGAGAGAGAAAUCUCUUUAAAAAAUCUUACCAUUUCAGAUAAUGCUUCAAUCGAGAAAGGGACUUCGGUCCAUGAUAAAAUUGCUAGUGAAGAAAAACUUUUGGAAGAUGUGAAUGUCAUUGAUCCAGAGAAAAUUACUGAAAGUUUGGAGAACUUAGUCUUGGGGGCUGAAAAUGAAAAUACUGAAAAAGAAGAAACACUGAAACAAGCACUGGAUGAAUGGGAGAAAUCAGGUAAUUCGUGGGGAGAAGAAAAUGAAUCACAAGACUUCGGAAACGGUGGGUUUAGUGGGGCCUCGGCUCAAAAUAAAAAUAAUUUUACAGAAGUUAAAAGUAAAGGGAAGAAGAAUAAAGAAGAAAAGGAAGAGCCAAAAGAACGAGUACCAAAAGGAAGACGUUAUGUUAUUUCACAGCUUCAAGAAGCCAGACUUAUUGCAGUGUCGACAUCCCCGAACAAAGAAGAUGAGUGGCCCCUAUUCAUUGAAAUUCCUUGGAAUGUUCUAGUUGAAAUGAAUAAUGAAGAUGCGACAGAUGCGUGCGUUGGGGAUGACAUUUACAUUACUAAAUUCCAGCUUCGUACCGACAAAUUCCGAACCUUGAAUGAGAGUACAUGGUUUUAUCAGGGCAAUAUUAAUUGGCAAGCCACGGCGACAGAAGUAGAAAUGGUUGGAAUACAAGAGUAUAGAAUGAAGACGGGUUUUGUUGUUGAAACGAGGAAAAGGGGAAAGGAUGGGAAGACAGGUUCAAUUCGAGUUAUUGCUUUUGGAAUGGAGCGGACUUCGGUCCUUUAUAAACGUCAGUGUGAUUUAAUUAUUUUAAUUGCAAAAAUAAUUAUUAUAAAAUACGGAAUAAUUUCAAUAAAAGCUGGUGGGACACUUGCCAAAAUUCUUAUCUUAAUAUUAAAAUUAUAA